AUGAGUCCUCCGAGGCCAAGAGCGUCGCUAUUGCUGCUAUGGCUACUGGGUGGCUGCCUCUUCGGGGCCGCCCGGAGGGUCAAGGGGGCGGCUGGCAGCGCGGCGGAGCCGGCUCGCGGCCCCCCUGGCGGCUCCUCGGGUCGCUUCGUCAGCCCCGGGCAGCAUGCGUGCAGCUGGCAGCUCCUGCUGCCCGUCCCGGGGGCCGCAGCGGGCAGCGAGCUGGCGCUGCGUUGCCUGGGCCCGGACGGGGCGCGCCAUCAGUGCGCCUACCGCGGGGAGCCGGAACGCUGCUCCGCCUACGCCGCUCGCCGCUCACGCUACUGGAAACAGGUGCUGGGCCGGCUGCGCAAGAAGCGGCGGCCCUGCCACGACCCCGCGCCCCUCCAGGCCCGCCUGUGUGCGGGCCAGAAGGGCCACGGCGCCGAGCUGCGCCUCGUGCACCGCGCGUCCCCGCCCGCCGGCGCCACCGUCGCUGGCUUCCCCGGGGAGCCUGCGUCUGGCCCAGCCGCCCGGGCCCCGCCUCCCGCGAGCGCGCUGCCUAGAGAAGAGCCCUCCGAGAGGAAGGCCAAAGGGGGUAAGGGCAAGGCGGCCACGGACCCCGAAGAGGAGCGGCCCAUGGGGACCGGGCCCGGGCCCGACCCCGACCCCGACGGGCUGGACGAGAACGCGGAGCUCACGGAGACCUACUGCGCGGAGGAGUGGCACUCCCUCUGCAAUUUCUUUGUCAAUUUCUGGAACGGCUGA